AUGGCGGAGACUCACAGCAAGGUCAUCCCGUUACUCGACCUUGACCCUGACUCUGUCGGUGACAUCAUCAACUACUGCUACUUUGGAUCAAUCGACAUCAACCACGACAACGUGCAAAAUCUCAUCAUAACAUCCGGGAUGUUCCAGAUGCUCACUCUCCGAGACAGGUGUGCGAACUACAUGAACAAACACAUCGAUUUGACUAACUGUGUAGAUCUCUACACCUUCGGCGAGUUUCACGACUGCGCGAUCCUAAAAGAAGCAGCCAAAACAUUCAUUUUGCAGCAUUUCCAAAAGCUGGCGCUGGGGGAGCAAAUGGGUAAACUUCCGGUUGAGAGUUUGGUUGACGUCAUCAAGGACGAUGACCUUGACAUUGAAAAUGAAGCGCACGUGUUCGAAGCAGUCAUGAAAUGGAUCAAACAUAAUCCGGAAGAACGCGAGAACUGUCUUUUCAGGCUAAUGGAAGAAGUCCGACUAGUUCACCUUGCGGAUGAAUACAUUGCAGACAUCGUUUGUAAAGAACCACUUGUAGCAAAGAACGCGUUUCUAACCGGACGCAUUGCCAUGGUGAAGUUAUUUAAAUCUACCCAAUCAACUUCAAGUGAACCGGACCUCGAGUUGGCAAACGAUUUUCAACUUAAUGCAAAGCGUCGGCUUGGGAUGUACGCGAGAGAUAUGAUAGUGUUUGCUGGUGGUGGUCGGCCUCCGAGUUGUCGCUCGUUCACGUGUUUUGACCCCGUGACCAAAACCUCGUACCUCGGGCUUGAACCUCAUCCAUCUUUCGAUCACAAAUACAAGAUUGACAACCAUCAGGUCGUAGUGACAGAAGAGAAUCAAAUCUAUUUCCUCGGAGGAAUAUUCUACUCGGAUUAUCACUUCGAAGAUGCUGCGUCUGCGUUUAGUGACGUCAUGAAGUACGAACCAACGACUCACAGCUGGGUGCGUUGCCCCAAUAUGACUACGCCACGCUGUGCCUUUGCUGCAGUUGCAAGGGGUGAAGAUAUUCUAGCUAUUGGUGGAAAGGCGACUUUCCCUGGCGGAAACGCUACGUCAUCAGUCGAGUUCUUUGACGCUGAUACAAACAAAUGGUCUGUCGUUAAGCCGAUGCCAUUUGGUCUGUACCAUCACAGUGCCGCCAGGUGGCGAGAUUUUGCUUUCGUUCUUGGAGGACAGACAUACAUAGAUGAGGUUCAGAGCGUCAACUUCCAGUUCAAUUUCGAAACAAACACGUGGACGCUCUUAGAAAACAUGCUCAGACCUCGCACGGAAUUUGGAGUCGCAAUCUUUGGGGACCAGGUUGUCGUCGUCUGCGGAAGAUCGGAAGUAAAAACGGAUUUGUUUUCAGUAGAAUGUUAUAAUCCAGUCACAAAUAGGUGGCGUUUUCUGAGAGAGUUUCCCGAAGAUAGGAAAUCGCCAGUUGUCGUUACACUGGCGGGGAAAUUAUACGUCUGCGGAGGGCAACAGACGUACAUGUCACGCACUGCACAUGCGCCAAGGACAACCGAACGGACUGACGUUUGGUCAUAUGAUGUGGCGACAGAUGAUUGGACAAAGGUUGCCCGGGCUAUGAUGUAUCCGAGUUGCCAUGGGUAUGGCGUUGCUCGCGUUAACACAGGGCACGUUAGGGAAAUCGGUAUGCCCAUGUAA